CCGGUUGCAUUUCAAUGUAACCAUUAAAAAUCAAACAUGGAGGACGUUGACUAGAAAAUGUACGUGUAACAAUGCAUCUCUUCGUAAUUUGAUCAAUAUAUGUAUUGUCACAUUUAAACGCACAGGAAUUAUUGGCGUAGUAUUUCAGCAAGUCAUUGGCUCACACAUCAAACAAAAGAUGUUCUGCAGGAGGCUAUGGCUAAAGCCAGGGACUGGAUUUUGGACUGCAUCCCAGCAGGGUGCCCACAAUCUGGCUUCUUUCCAUCAAGCCUCCCUGCUCCCCCAGAGGAAGCUCCGGGGCCUGCUGUUUCCCUUCAGUGAGCUGGAGCCCCACUUGGCUUGUUCAGUGGAUAGGGGCCACUUCCAGCUCUUCCAGCCCAGUGUGGAGGACAUAACCAAGGCAGAGAAACUCUUCUCCCCGUCCUCCUCACACAAGAUUGAUUACCACACCUCCGCCGUGAGGAUGGAACACGCGCCCUCACAGAACCAGCCAGAGGUGUGUUUCAUCGGCAGGAGUAAUGUGGGGAAGUCUUCUCUCAUCAGAGCUCUGUUCUCCCUGGCUCCUGACGUAGAAAUUAGAGUCUCCAAAACACCCGGCCAUACCAAGAAGAUGAACUUUUUCAAAGUGGGCAAAGCUUUCACCAUGGUGGACAUGCCUGGUUAUGGAUACAGGGCUCCCAAGGACUUUGUGGAGAUGGUGGAGCACUAUCUGGGUUCAAGAAAAAAUCUGGUAAGGACCUUCCUAUUGGUGGAUGGCAGUGUUGGGCUGCAGGAGGCAGAUAUGAUCGCCCUGGAGAUGUGUGAAGAGUUCAGUCGGCCUUACGUGAUUGUGGUGACCAAGAUCGAUAAGUGCCGCCAGGGGGUGCUGUUGACUAACCUGCUGCAACUUCAGGACGCCAUAACACAAACUGUUAGAUGCUUCCCACAGCCCUUCCUGGUCAGUUCUCUCCAUUUUUCGGGGAUAUACCUGCUCCGUUGUUUCAUUGCCCAUGUGACCGGGAGCAUUCAGCUGGGAGACACUUGUCGAAGCUGAUCUGAGACCAGUUAACCACCUCUUUGACUGCACACUCUGGAGCACAGCUGAUAACUUGUUUGGAAUCAGCUCAUACUUCCUCAAUCUAUGAACACUCGCACCACUGAUACAGUAGCAUAUUGUGGACAGAUUUUAAAACUGACCUGAGAUCAGUUGCAAGACAGCUGAUCCACUCUCUGGAAGUGCUUUCUUAUGGUACUGUGUGACUCUACGGGAACUUUCACCUUGGGAACAGAGACAAACUAAAAGCUGACCUGAAGACAGUUUCCCAAUAGAGCCGCUUCAUCUUUAGUGUUUGUGUACAUUGUUUACUAUAGUCAGACUGCUAUUUCUGUAUAUACCGUGCAUUCGGAAAGUUUUCAGACCCCUUGACUUUUUCCACAUUUUGUUACGUUAGAAUAAGUCUAUCGAUUCAGUUUGUUUUACCUCAAUCUACACACAAUACCCCAUAAUGACAAAGCAAAAACAGGUUUUUAGAAAUGUUUGCAAAUUUAUUACAAAAAAAAAAAAAAAUGUAACUAUCACAUUUACUUAGGUUUUCAGACCCUUAACUCAGUACUUUGUUGAAGCCCCUUUGGCAGCGAUUACAGCCUCGAUUCUUUUUGGGUAUGACGCUACAAGUUUGGCACACCUGUAUUUCUGGAGCUCUGUCAGACUGACCAUCGGGUUCUUGGUAACCUCCCUCACCAAGGCACUUCUCCCCCAAUUGCUCAGUUUUGCUGGGUGGCCAGCUCAGGGGAGAGUCUUGGUGGUUCCAAACUUCUACCAUUUAAGAAUAAUGGAGGCCACUUUGUUCAGAAAUUGUUUGGUAAUUUUCUCUAGAUCUGUGCCGACACAAUCCUGUUUCAGAGCUCUACUGGCAAUUUCUUUGACCAUGGCUUGGUUUUUGCUCUGUCAACUGUGGGACCUUACACACAGGUGUGUGCCUUUCCAAAUCAUAUCCAAUUGAAUUGACCACAGGUGGACUCCAAUCAAGUUGUAGAAACAUCUCAAGGAUGCUCAGUGGAAACAGGAUGCACCUGAGCUCAAUUUAUAGCAAAGGGUCUAAUUAGUUAUGGAAAUAAGGUAUUUCUGUUUGUCAUUGUUUGCAAAUAUUUCUACACUUUUUUUCUCACUUUGUCAUUCUGUGUAGAUUGAUGAAAUGUUUUUAUUUAAUUGAUUUUAGAAUAAGAUGUAACAAAAUGUGGAAAGGGGAAGGGGUCUGAAUACUUUCUGAAUGCACUGUAUGGUGAUGGGAAUAUGGAUUGUUUUAAUUUUGUAAUAAAAACUAUAAAAGGAAA